GCCCUAAAAAAUUAAAAUAUAACAAUCAACAAUUAAAAGCAGCAAUUGCUGAAGUUAAAAGUGGGCAGUCAGCAAGGGCAGUUGGCAAAAAAUAUAAUAUACCGAAGUCUACAUUAUGUGAUAAAGUGAAAGAAUUAUCUCCUAAAAUCCAAAAAGGAGGACCAUCAACAGUUUUAACCAAUUUAGAAGAACAACACCGCGUUUCAUAGAUGAUGCUAAUAAGUGAAAAUGGUUUUCCUGUCACUAAAACACAAUUACUCGGAAGUGUUCAGAUGCUUCUGAAAGCUUUAAACAGAAAGCAUCCUUUUAGUAAUGGAGUUCCUGAACGUAGUUGGCUCUCUGCUUUUUUAAAUCGCCAUCCAGAGCUUUCAGAACGCACUGCUCAAAAUUUAACUGUAUCUAGAGCAUCUAUCAGUGAAUUUAGUAUUUGCAAUUGGUUUUCUGAAGUUGAAAAAGAAUUAAACAAGCAAUUAUUACUUAAUAUUGAAGGAGAUAGAGUAUUCAAUGGUGAUAAGUCUUCAUUUGUGCUAGCUCCAAAAGGUGAAAAAGUAUUCGUCAAAAAAGGUGACAAAUCUGUUUAUAAUAAAAUUCAAAACGAUUAUAAAGAAUGUCUCACUACCUUGUUUGUGGCUAGUGCAUCAGGCAAUCUAGCACCUCCAUUAGUUGUGUUUUCUUAUCAACGAAUUCCAAAUUGUAUAAGCGAAAAUAUCCCGGAAGGUUGGGUUACAGGAAAGUCGGAUAGUGGUUGGAUGGACGGAGAAAAUUUCUACGAAUAUAUAACAAAUAUAUUUUAUCCAUGGCUUCUGGAGAAUAAAAUUAAAUUUCCUGUUAUCCUUUACAUCGAUGGACAUUCAUCUCGUUUGACGAUGGCUGUAAGUGACUUUUGCCGUGAAAAACGAAUUGUUUUAAUUACAUUACAUCCUAAUGCAACACAUCUUGUGCAGUCACUCGAUGUUUCAUUUUUUCAUCCUGUAAAAUUAGCUUGGCAAAAAGUCAUUAGUGAUUGGAGAAUACAAAAUAAUGGGGACAAAAUCAAAAAAGAGAUGUUUGCAAAACUACUAAAAAAAGCUGUCGGCACUUUGGAUCUGAAAAGUAUUAUGUCAAAUGGGUUUAAAACAACGGGUUUAUAUCCUUUAUCAGCAAAUGCUAUCGAUUAUAAUAAAUUUGAAAAUAAAUCAACAAAAAGUCAGGAUGUAAAUAAAAUUGAAUCUCCAGAAGCUACAGAAGAAACUUUAUCAACUAUGGAGAAAUAUAUUGACCCAAAUACCUUGAAAAAAUUUAAAGAAGUUGGUAUUGAUGGAGAAUGGGAUGGUGAUUUGAAAGAUUUGAGCUUUUUUAUGGUUUGGAAGUCUAUGCAAAGUUGUUUUAUUUAAUGUCUUUUUUCUACUGAUGAACUGCUUUUUGUUUUUUUUUUUUAAAUUAUUAUAUGUCAAGACAUCGUUCCUAAUCAACUAUUAUUUGAAAUGUCAACAUUAACAUCGGAAAUUAACAUUAACGAGUUUGGGGAUAACGUUUUAUUGUUACCAGCGAAUAGUGACAUAAUCCCUAACAAUGAAAAUAAUUUUGCUAAAGAUGUUAACAUUGAAAUCAUAGAUACUUAAUUCAGAUAAUUAAUGAAACUACAAAUAAAACCUAUGAACAUGGUGAUCAGCUAGCUGAUUGAGAAAAAUAAAAUCAAUCUGAUGCUGACAAGAAUCUAAAUAUCCCCGAAAACUUUCCACCGACUUUUAAACAUGCAUUAUUUUGGCCCGGAAAAAUAACUAGUCAGAAAAAAAAACGUAAAUGCAAAGAUAAAGUGCCUUAGUAAUUUCUUCUUUGCAAUGGAAACACUUCUAUGACCUUAAAGAAAAUAGAGGGAAUAGAAGGAAGAAAAAGUCAAAGAAAAGAAACUGCUAUUGAAAAAAAUUAGAAGCAGAAGAACGAAAACAAAAAAGAUUUAUAGCUGCUGAAAAAAAAAAGAAAAAUAGCUAAAGAAAAAUAAGAGAAAAAAAUAUUAA